UGCCAUGCAAUUUCCCUUCCACCAAAAACCAAAAUCAUACGUUAUCACCAUUCUCGUCUCUGUCAGCGGCUGUUUCAUAGCAACUCCUUUAAGCUUUCAGAAAAUUCAUUUUUUCUGUCAGACUUUAUUGCCUUUUACUCUAUUAUAUAAACGCUACGUUACAUGAUAUUGAAACCAUUAAGCUAAGAUGGCAGCUGAUCGAGUAUCUAAACCAUCCAAAUGGUUCUCAAACAAGGGACUGAGGUUAAGUUUUCCUCGUCGCAGAUCAAAGUCUAGGUCAACAUCAAGCUCUCCUACCUCCCCUAUAUCUCAAGGUGAAAGUACAACAAAAAAACCCUCUAGAGAUGAUGAGCUGAAAGAGGUUUUUCGUCAUUUUGAUGGUGAUGGUGAUGGGAAAAUAUCGGCUCUCGAACUUAGGGGUUACUUUGCAUCUAUUGGAGAGUACAUGUCGUACGAAGACGCUCAAGGAGCGAUCGAUGAUCUCGACACAGAUGGUGAUAAUUUACUUGACUUUCAGGACUUUCUGCGGCUUAUGCAAGGAGAGGGCGAUGAAGAUCUCAAGAGGGCUUUUGAGAUGUUUGAAUUGGAGAAGAAAGGUUGCAUAACUCCAAAAGGAUUGCAAAACAUGUUGAACCGCCUAGGAGAUUCAAAAUCUUAUGAUGAGUGUGUUGCCAUGAUUCAAAUCUUCGACAUCGAUCGGAAUGGAGUGCUUGAUUAUCAAGAGUUUUACCGGAUGAUGAGUGAUUAGUAUUUUCCUACAUGUAGAUAAAUAUAUAUCAUGUCUUUUUUUUUGUUUUUUGUUUU